ACUGGUUUGAUCUGAGGUAUUGAAAGUGUUGCAAAAAUUGUGUGUACAAUUAUUAGGUAAACAAGAACAUGACGCUGGAAGCAUUUUGACAGACACAAGUAUACCACCCUUGCAUCUGCCUUUCCUAACUCUUUUACACAUCUUACUCUAUCACACCCACACCCCCCCCUCCUUUUGGCUUGCUUCAGAUUAUUUAUUUAUUACACCAUUUCCCCCCUUCCAUUUGGUCCAUUUGAUCAAGAAAACGAAUCCAAAAAAUUUUCUAUAUCUCCUUCCUUACACGCUUUGGAAAUACACUCUUUUUUCCAGAUUCAUCAAAAACAUUUUUGUUUGUUUACUCUGGAAAAAGAAGCCUUGUUCAUGUGAUGAUGGAUUCUCCAAAGAGAAUUCCAAUCUUUGUGCUUAGGCUCAUUGCCUUAGGAGCAGCAGUCACUGCAGCCAUUCUCAUGUUUUCUGCACAUGAUACUGCUCAUGUUUUCAACAUGACUUUUGAAGCAAAAUACACUAAUUCACCUACCUUCAAAUACUUUUUGAUCAUAAAUGCAGUUGCAAGUGUCUACUCCCUUUUGGUUCUCUGCUGUCCUACCAACACUUCCAUGGCUCGGUUCUUGUUGGUUAUGGAUUUGAUAAUUCUGCUGCUGCUGGAUUCGGCGAUAUCUUCCAAUGUAGCAAUAGGUCAGGUGGGUAGGAACGGGAAUUCGCAUGCGGGUUGGCUACCAAUCUGUAACCAAGUUCCAAAGUUUUGUAAGCAAACCACUGCAGCUGUUAUUGGUGGCUUUGUGGCUUCACUGUCCUAUCUCUUCAUUGUUCUUUGCUCUUUUCACAAUGAAGUAAAUCUUCUUCCUCCCAAAGAUUGAUCUUUGCCUAGCUACUAUCAUAAUCAUAUUGUGGACAUUUAUUAGUCUAGAAAGCUGCCUCUUUCCACUCCUCUUUUCUAGUUUUCUUCUUCUUCUUCUUCUUCUUC